CCUUCCCAUCUGUCUCCUCUUCCUCUUCCUCUCCCUCUCCAAAAGAAACAAGAAAAAAGGAAGAAGAAAAAGAAGCAAGCCUUGGCUUUUGACUUGGUGAUGGGCAGUGGAAUUGUUCCCAGCAAUUAAUCCCCUUUUUUGGUUCUCAAAGAGAGAUUCAUUCAUACCAAGAAAGGAGCAGGAAACAGUUGCUUGUUGAAUCUCCCCUCACCUCACUUUUUUUUUUUUUUUUUGCUCAAAAAUUUCCCAUCUUUGUUCGUGGGCGUGGGCGUGGGCGUGGGCGUUGGGAGAAGAGACAAGAGGGAAGAGGGCGCCAUGGCGAAGAAGGAGGGACCUUGCGGCCAUUGCGGAGUCACAAGUACUCCUCUUUGGCGAAACGGGCCACCAGACAAGCCAGUUCUCUGCAAUGCGUGUGGGUCAAGAUGGAGGAUAAAGGGUACGUUGGUGAAUUACACACCGGCGCAUCGUUGGGAAGAUACUGAUGCUGACAAGCUGAAGCAUAAGGGACAGAAACAGCCCAAGAAAAGACCAAACCGCAGCAUAGUCCAGGAUGAACCAUGUUCUGAUCAGAACUUCUGGAAGAUGGGGAAUGCGGACACAAGCAAUCGAUCUGGUUCUGGAUCAGCGGUGUCAUAUUCAGAGAGUUGUGCCCCAUAUGGUUCUGUUGAUGCGUGUGAAAUAGCCGGUUCAGCUCAGUCACGUGCUUGGGAUUCACUAGUACCAUCAAGAAAAAGGAGUUGUGUCACUCGUCCUAAGCCGUCACCCGUGGAAGAGCUUGUAGAGGAUCUCAACUCCAUAUUGCAGGAAGAAAAGUUAUAUUGCCUUUCAGCAGGAUCCACAGAGGAAGACCUGCUUUAUCAUAGUGAAACUCCCGUUGGCUCCUUUGAGAUCGGUUAUGGGAGUGUGCUUCUUAGAUAUCCGAACUCGAAAUCAGUAGAGGAAGAGUCAGAAGCAAACUCUGUUCCUGCAGAUAGCAAGUCAUACAUUACGAGCGAAUCCUAUUCAGGUUCUGCCUCAUUCAUUGCGCAUAGUGAAAUCAAGGGAGCGAGCAACUCAAAUGCUGCAUCUGAGAAGCUAAAGUGGUCACCGAUGCAGACACAUGACAGUGCUAAAAGGGACGAGCUUCAUUAUUCGAACCAGCAUACCCUGGAGAGCACAGAUUCAGCUUUAGUUUCAGUAACUUUAGAGGACAAUUACAGCAAGGAAGUUGAAGGAAGAGGAGAUGCAGGCGGCGGUUUCAGAGGCCUUACCAAGUCAAGCAUGAGGUCUCUCAAAAGACCUUAUGAAAGCCAGCCGCAAAGCUUCACAGAUGCAGAUGUGAGAGGUGGAACCAUGACAAUAGCUUCUUCGAGAUCCAGGGCUAUGGCUUCUUCUUGUCAGUUGAGAAGAAGCGCAUGUUUGCCGAAAUCUGGCAAUGCCACCGGAGCAGUGGCAGCAUCACUCAACCUGUUCAUGUUAGCCCCAGAUAAAUUAUCAUCUAUGCUGAAUCCCUUGGACAAGGAUUCUGACAAAGAUUCGCUGCUGCUGGAGGUCCCUUGCAACACACGGCACUCGGAAGCAGAGCUUCUUCUCUGCGGCCCCCCACCAUCUCAGCUCAGCUCCGUGACCGUAACCACAGCCUCUCCUCCGCGCAACCAUAGUCCUGGUUCCGUUGGCGAUCAGCUUAGGAACAGGCAUCAGUGGUAGUUCUGUUUACAUUUUGGUUCCUGGAUCAUCAUCAUACCAUACCGCUCAUCGAUGAUCGUCCUGACACGCACUUGCCGAAUUUGUUUGGGCUUGAUUUUUUUUUGGUAUAGCAUAUAUAUAUGGCUGGAGAAAUUGUAA